CUAAAUAGGGGUCUUCGAUAGUGGAAGUGCAAAGAAGCGGGAGACAAUUCCUGGAAAACAAUCAAGCGCCAACUUCCAACGCUGUACCUCUCAAAGAAUCUGCAAGUAAAGCGAUAUUCACCGUUAAAUAAUCAGCUACCACAAGAAAUCAUCAGAUCCUGACCGUCCAACAACAUUGACCCUAACGAGUAUAUGUAAAAUUAUAGAGAACAUUACAGCAAAGAGGUCAGUAGAGGAUGAUUCAAAUGUGGUGGACGUCGAAUGCGCUGCAUAGUUGGGCAUGAAGAUAUAUUUCAUGAAAGGGAUGUGAAGAGGCAAAAGAAACUAAGUUCUGGUUCGUCCCAAAUGAGCUUAGGAAGUCAUGGUCAUAUUCAACUAAGAUGUCCUAGUUCUGAAAUUGUUGCUAACUCCAACUGCAAUAUGGAGUAUAAAAAUAGUGAGUCUCCUUCUGUUGGUGAGCCAAAAUCAAUUUCAGAUCAACAUCCUCUGAAAGGAAGUGUUUGUGGUUUCUGUCAUUCGCCUAAGACCACAAAGGGAACUGGACAGUUCUUGUACUAUGCUAAUGGAAAGGAAGUGGUGGAAAAUGUCACUUCUCCGUCCAAAGUCAUAUGUGUGCACAGUAAAUGCAUUGAAUGGACACCUCGAGUAUUUUAUGAUGGAGAUACUAUAAAGAAUUUGAAAAUUGAACUGGCAAGAGCUGCAAAACUCAGAUGUAGUAGUUGUGGCAUGAAAGGUGCAGCACUUGGCUGCUACGUAAAAUCUUGCCGGAGGAGUUAUCACGUUCCCUGUGCAUUUGAAAUCCAGGAUUGUCGAUGGGAUAUGGACAACUAUCUCAUGUUGUGCCCAAUUCAUAAAUCUACUAAAUUUCCAACUGAGAAGUCAAAUUCCAGGAAGCACGUUAGGAGGGAAGUGCAUCAAGCGACUUCAGAUAUUCCUCCUCUAACCGCUGAGCAAUUGAGUUUUUGGGCAAGAUCAUCAGGUGGACCCAAAGAAUGGGUUCUUUGUGGGUCUGCUCUAUCCUCGGAAGAGAAGUAUGUGUUGGUGACAUUUGCUAAUAUGUGUGGUGCGACUGUGUGCAAGUUUUGGAAACCAAAUGUCACACAUGUUGUUGCAGCAACAGAUGAAAAGGGUGCAUGCACUAGAACAUUUAAAGUUCUCAUGGCAAUUUUGAGUGGAAAAUGGAUCCUAACGAUGGACUGGGUAAAAGCUUGUAUUGCAGCAAAUGGUCCAAUAAAGGAGGAACUUUAUGAAAUAAGUUUAGACAAUCACGGCUGUUCUGGGGGCCCCAAAGCUGGAAGGCUCAGGGUCUCAACUAAUGCUCCAAAGCUUUUUGAUGGUUUCAAGUUUUAUUUGAGUGGGGAUUUUGUGCCAACUUACAAAGUUGACCUGUUAAAUCUAGUUGAGAAGGCUGGAGGCGCUAGCAUUCAGAGCAAGGAACAGUUGGUGGAACAGACUCAUGCUGCACAGGAAACUCACCCACCUUAUCUAGUUGUAUACAACUGUGAUCCCCCACAGGGUUGCAUGUUUGAAGAAGAAAGCGUUAUUUUGAAGCAAAGAUUAGCUGAAGCUGAGGAUCUCGCCAAGCAAAUUGGUUGUCAGGUCAUUCAGCAUACUUGGAUUCUGGAGUGUGUUGCUGCAUGUAAACUGGUACCUUUUUGCUGAUGAGGGAUUGUCGCGAGUAAAAAGGGUCCUGCUAGAUGACUGUAUAUCUGUGAUAGAUAGGGGCAAAGCAUCUCUGAUGUUUGUAUGACGUUAUACAUAUUUCGUACCAGGGCAACCUAGUUGAAUCUUAAUGCCAGAUGUCCUUCCAAUAUUUUGUGUAUAGUAUGCGAAAACAAAAAUAAACUUUGAUCUUAUA